GCGGCGAAUGGGUGUUGGCCAAGAAGCACCUCGCCACCACCACCUUCGGAGGCAUGCGCACUGUUGCCAAUCGCCAGCGGGAUCCAUUCUGGGGCUUCGCAGGCCUGGUCUGGCAUCAGUCGUCAGGGAAUUUGGUCGUGAUCGGAGUUUACCUUCUUCGAGGGCUUGGCACCACGGGCUGCAACCGCACG